AUAGUGGACGGUAAUCUAGAGAACCGCUGCAAGUCGGAGAUGAUCCUAUUAGCCAGCAUCCGUCACAACAACAUCGUCAACGUCCUACACUUCAUCCAGAGGGAGAAUGCCAUCAUGCUCGUUUACACGUAUCAGGUGAACGGCAGUCUUGACCACUGCCUGCACCGGCGGGAGGAGGGUGAACUGCCGCUGAGCUGGCCGCAGAGGAAGGCCAUCGCCAUUGGCGUGGCCCAAGGGCUCUUCCACUUACACCAUGAAUGCAAUAGACCGAUUGUCCACCACAACAUCACCUCUCUCAACAUCCUGCUUGAUCAUAAUUUCAAGGCCGCGAUAGCCAGUUUUGGUGCUGCACAAAUGAACAUGGCCGGGCUCAACCAACCACUGCCGAUUGCGGGAUCUGUUUUUGGUAACUUUGGGUACGCAGCUCCAGAAUAUGGGAGGGCAGCAAGCCAACUGACGGAGAAGGUGGACACGUACAGCUUUGGUGUGGUGCUGCUGGAGCUUGUCACAGGGCGGGUGGCCAAUGGGGUGGAUGGUCAGUUGGCCAUAUGGGCUCGUGACAACUGCAGUAAGCUGAUGGCCAAGAAGCUGGAAUGGUUCAAGAUUGCUGUGGACAAGGGCAUCCCAAAUCAAGCACGGUACAUGGAGGAGAUGGCGACCGUGUUCAGGCUGGGCAUGGAUUGCACCGUCGAUGAUCCGCAGCAAAGGCCGUCCAUGCAGAUGGCUCUCAAACGACUCCGCCACGGCUAUGGAUGUGGCCGAUUCGGUGGCCUUCUCACCUGCUAUAACAUAUACAUAACCAGUGAGGAUUCAGUACAAGUGAAGGGCAAAGUGGCAUGUGAGAUCAGCUCAGCGGAUGAACUAUGUUCAGUGGUACUUUGAAGGAUGUUACUGUAGACCAAGAUGGUGGCUCUGCUUUUGUGUUUUGUUUGAAAAGAAACCUUCAGGAUGCCCCAAAACCAAGGGAGGAGCUUGCCCUUUUCUUCUACAAAUGCCGAGAGAUAGCCCAGAGUAUUGCAAACCUUCAGCUUGAAAGCAAGGCACCUAAUAUACUAGUAAACAACCACCGAAUUAUCAAUGCUAUAGAAACCUGCUCUUCGGGCCUUGCCGAUAACAGAUCCAGAUUGACCAUGGAGUCAUCUCCAACCUGACCUAAUGGAAGCCGGGUAUCUGUGGGUCAGAGGAUCCAAGUUCCACCAAAUCAUGAAGAUGUCCCAAGUGUUUGCCGACAGUUUGAUCAGGGCCAUCAGGAGGCUCAGGGAGGCCCACAGCAGUUGAUCUUGGCAUCCAAGAAUCGGCGAAAUCCAACUAGCAGGCAAACUCGAGGAAGCUACCAGUAUGAUCAAGGGGGAUAUCAGCUCUAGCAAAACAGAGUUUGAACUUCUUGCCAUGUAUGGAAGUCCUUUUCUAGAUUGAUAGUCGAUUUACAGGCUAGAACUUAUUUUGUGGCUCAGCUAAGUAAAUGCCUUGCUUAUUUUAACCGUUCUGCUUGUGCUGUAGAUGGGCUAAGAUGGGUUUGUUUAGAGGAAAAGGCACGAACAGAGCCCGGCUUUAAAUUAAUAAAGCCAAAACAAAGGUGGACGGUAAUAAUGCCUUCUCCCAUUUUUUGUCUGAAGAAUUCAACGUAGCUUGGUAUUAAAUUCAGAUUAACAAUGAUUAGAAAGUUGUUGGCACUGUUAUAUUAUGUUGAACCCUCACUUAGCCUUACAUUAUUUUGAAAACAGUGGUAAAAGAAUUAAAGAAUCCUUAAUUCAGGUGACACAUUCGACUUCAGUCCCAUCUUUCCAGCCUUGUUGGUCUGCCCAUGUUUUAGGCUGAUGCUAGUUGUAUUUUUUGUUGGAAGGAUCACACAGCACACAAAAUGGCCCAAUGAAUAUAUGGCAACUCGAUUGAAUAACUUGCUUCGUCCUGAGCUGGCUGAGUUCUUUUUUGCAAGUCAUAAGGUUGUCUCCUGUGACCGAGUUCACAUCAAGAAUUGCUCGUCGUUGAGUUGAC